AUGAAGUUCUCCGCUACCUUUGUCGCUCUUUCUAUCCUCGCGGUUAGCGUUUCUGCUGCCCCGCAAAUGACCCGCCGCGCAACUGUGGCUGAACUUGCUGCGACCCAGCAAGGGAAGAAGGUCGUAUUCACACCUUGUGCCUCCGACUCCGAGUGCCAGCAGGGCUGCUGUGGAUUCAGCAGUGGGAAAUGCGCUGGACCAGCGGUUGCUCAAACCAACGGAUCCGGCGGAUGCGGCCGCGGUACUGCUGUCGCCAACUGCAAUGUCGCAACUCUCCUCGGCUUCCCGGGAACUUGCAUUGCUGGAUUCAAGAACACCGACACCAACGACCCGCAAGUCCAGGCUGCGACCGCCUUCUCUGCCCAACUUAACAGCAUCCCCUUCACACCCUCCGUCGCUGCCCCAGCUGCCCCCCCACCACCACCACCAGCUGCCAACAAUGCAGCUGCACCCGCCCCCGCCGCUGGCGGAGCUUCAGUCGCUGAACUUGCCGCUUCCCAACAGAGCAAGAAGACCGUCUUCGAGGCGUGUGGUGCUGAUUCGGAGUGCCAACAAGGUUGCUGCGGCUUCAACAGCGGUAAAUGCGCUGGCCCCGCUGUCGCCCAGACCAAUGGUUCUGGCGGAUGUGGCCGUGGCACUGCUGCCCCCAACUGCAACGUCGCCACUCUUCUUGGCUUCCCAGGAACUUGCAUUUCUGGCUUCAAGAACACCGACACCAACGACCGCACCGUCCAGGCUGCGACCGCGUUCUCAGCACAGUUGAACAGCAUCAAAUUCACCCCGACCGUUGGCGGUGGCGCUGCUGCUGCGCCCCCACCACCCGCUGGUAACAACGCCGCUGCCCCUCCCGCUGCUGCCGGCCCCAAGAAGUCCGUUGCUGAGCUCGCUGCCUCGCAACAAGGCAAGAAGACCGUCUUCAUCGAGUGCGCCUCCGACUCCGAGUGCCAGCAAGGAUGCUGCGGCUUCAACAGCGGCAAAUGCGCUGGCCCCGCUGUCGCGCAAACCAACGGCUCUGGUGGAUGUGGCCGUGGCACCGCUGCCCCCAACUGCAACGUCGCCACCCUCCUCGGCUUCCCGGGCACCUGCAUUGCCGGCGCGCGCAAUGGCGACCUCAAGGACCCCCUGGUCCAGGCUGCCACCGCCUUCUCCGCCCAGCUCAACAGCAUUGGGUUUACCCCCGCGUAA